UCCAGUACCGAAUAAGAUACAUGUUUCGGAUAUUGCUUUGUCAUAUUUUUGGUAAAAAUUCUGUCAUUAUUCUCCCUAUCGAUUUUGUUGGUCUUAUUGGCACGGCCCUAUUUUUCUCGCUCCAGGGAAUGUUAACGGGCUUACACAACCCGAAGGAAGUAAGAGAUGCGGAAAUGCGUUCCGAUAGACCGGGAUAACGCAAAAACUCAGGAUCCUUGCUCCAACGAUCCUACUGCAAUCAUGGGCGCGCGAUGCGCGUACACGGAAGCUUGCAGCGAUUGUAAGCGGAAAAAAAAGAGACAAGCUGUUGUAUGAGGACGACGUGACAGGGGACCGAAGCAUUUCCUUUGAGAAAAGUAAUAUUGGAAUAUAUCGAGGGAAGAAUAGCGCAUUUAGACAGAAGACGGGUGGUUCUCAUAGGAUACGCGCCGUGGAGCCUAGGACGCGCGGCUUUGAUGCAUUAACAGGAAUGUGUGUUUGAAUGUGGUCCGCGUAACCCUUCCUUGUCAUACACGCUAUAGCGUGAGCUGUCGGGGCAGUGGAUUCCAGCAACAGCAGAGCUGGGAUGUCCUGAGGGGACCCCCGCGGGCCCCAGAGCAGGGACGCGCUGAUGGGACCUGCUGCGCCGCCAUGAGCCUUCAAGACGGCGGCGGCGGUGGCGCCAACCUGGCGGCGGCCGGCGGCAGCAUGCGGCGCCGGCUGGAGGACCAGGAGCUCACGCUGCGCGUCUACCCGGGCCCCCUGGCCGAGGGCACCAUCUACUGCCCCGUGGGCGCCCGCAAGAGCACCAGCGCCGCCGACGUCAUCGCCGGCGUCAUCGAGCGGCUGCGCCUGGAGCGCACCCAGUGCUACGUGCUCGCCGAGGUCAAGGAGUUCGGCGGCGAGGAGUGGAUCCUGAAUCCGGGCGACUGUCCCGUGCAGCGCAUGAUGCUGUGGCCGCGCAACGCGCUGGAGAACCGCGGCGGGCUGGGCAGCGGCGAGGACUACCGCUUCCUGCUGCGCGAGAAGAACCUGGACGGCUCCAUCCACUACGGCGGCAGCCUGCAGAUGUGGCUGCGCGUCACGGAGGAGCGGCGCCACAUGGUGGAGCGGGGUUUCCUGCCCCAGCCCGCAGGGAGCCAGCACCCGGCGGACCUGUGCGCCCUGCCGGAGCUGACGGAGCGCGCGCUGCUGGAGAGCCUGCGGGCGCGCUUCCGCCAGGAGAAGAUCUACACGUACGUGGGCAGCAUCCUCAUCGUGGUCAACCCCUUCCAGUUCCUGCCCAUCUACAACCCCAAGUAUGUGAAGAUGUACGACAACCACACGCUGGGCAAGCUGGAGCCGCACAUCUACGCGGUGGCGGACGUGGCAUACCACGCCAUGCUGCAGCGCCGCAAGGACCAGUGCAUCGUCAUCUCCGGGGAGAGCGGCUCGGGGAAGACGCAGAGCACCAACUUCCUGAUCCACCACCUGACCGCCCUCAGCCAGAAGGGGUUCGCCAGCGGGGUGGAGCAGACCAUCCUGGGGGCGGGGCCCGUGUUGGAGGCCUUCGGGAACGCCAAGACAGACAACAACAACUCCAGCCGCUUCGGGAAGUUCAUCCAGGUCAACUACCAGGAGAGUGGAACUGUCCGAGGGAUGACAAAGAAAUCAAACAAACUCCACUGGGACAAUUACUAUGAAAGCGAGCUGGACUGCUUCACAGUGGAAGGGGAGGACUUGAAGCACGACUUUGAGAGACUCCAGCUGGCCAUGGAGAUGGUGGGCUUCCUGCCUACUACGAGGAAACAGAUCUUCUCGCUGCUGUCGGCCAUCCUCCUGCUGGGGAACAUCCGGUACAAGAAGAAGACGUACAGAGACGACUCCAUCGACAUCUGCAACCCGGAGGUCCUGCCCAUCGUGUCUGAGCUGCUGGAGGUAAAGGAGGAGGUGCUGCUGGAGGCGCUGACCACCAGGAAGACGGUGACCGUUGGAGACCGGCUCAUCGUCCCCUACAAGCUGGCUGAGGCGGGCACAGUGAGAGACUCUAUGGCAAAGUCGCUGUACAGCGCCCUCUUUGAUUGGAUCGUGUUCCGGACCAAUCAUGCGCUGCUCAACAACAGGGACCUGGAGGACAACGCCAAGAUCCUGUCCAUUGGAGUGCUGGACAUCUUUGGCUUCGAGGACUAUGAGAACAACAGCUUCGAACAGUUCUGCAUCAACUUUGCCAACGAGCGUCUCCAGCACUACUUCAACCAGCACAUAUUCAAGCUGGAACAGGAGGAAUACAGAGCAGAGGGCAUCAGUUGGCACAACAUUGACUACAUCGACAACAGCGGCUGCAUCAACCUGAUCAGCAAGAAGCCCACCGCACUGCUCCACCUGCUGGACGAAGAGUGCAACUUCCCCCAGGCCACCAACCAGACCCUACUGGAUAAGUUCAGACGGCAGCACGACGCUAACCGCUACAUUGAGUUCCCCGCCGUCAUGGAGCCCGCCUUCAUCAUCCACCACUACGCCGGCAAGGUCAAGUACGGGGUCAAGGACUUCCGGGAGAAGAACACGGACCACCUGCGGCCGGACAUCGUGGCCCUGCUGAAGAGCAGCAAGAAGGCCUUCAUCUGCGGCCUGAUGGGCAUCGACCCCGUGGCCACCUUCCGCUGGGCCGUGCUGCGCGCCUACUUCAGGGCCCUGGUGGCCUUCAGGGAGGCUGGCAGCAGACACACGCACAGCAAGACGGGGAGCGAGGCGGCGGUCCCCAGCGCGGCCCUAAAGACGGUGGACAGCUUCAGCUUCCUGCACCACCCGGUGCACCAGCGCAGCCUGGAGAUCCUGCAGCGGUGCAAGGAGGAGAAGUACAGUAUCACGAGGAAGAACCCUCGGAGCCCCCUGACCGACCUGCAGGGCACCAACGCAGUCAAUGAGAGGGGCAGCAGGGAGAGCCUCUACGCUGGGGGCUGUAACGGCCGGGGCUCCAGGUCUCUGCGCCUGGCCUCCACGGGGAGCCCCACCCUGGAGGAGGACGGCAUCUUCCUCAACUCGGACAAGAGCAAGCUGCUGGAGAGGGCCCAGGGCAUCCUGCUGAGAAACAAAAACUACAAAAGUAAACCUUCCCUUCCCAAGCAUCUGUUGGAUGUGAAGUCUCUGCGCUACCUGAGCAGCGUGACGCUCCACGACCGCAUCACCAAGUCCCUGCUCCACCUGCAUAAGAAGAAGAAACCGCCCAGUAUCAGCGCUCAGUUCCAGGCGUCCCUGAAUAAGUUGAUGGAGACCCUGGGUCAGUCGGAGCCGUACUUUGUCAAGUGUAUCCGCUCCAAUGCUGAAAAGCUCCCGUUGCGGUUCAACGACAGCCUGGUGCUCAGGCAGCUCCGGUACACGGGCAUGCUGGAGACCGUCCGCAUCCGCCAAUCAGGGUACAGCAUCAAGUUCACCUUCCAGCACUUUGUGAGUCACUUCCUCAUCCUGCUGCCUCGUGGAACCAGCCCAACCAAGGCGGGCAUCCGGGACUUCUUCCGUAAGAUCCACCUGGCCCCAGCUGGGUAUCAAGUGGGCAACACCAUGGUGUUCCUGCGGGAGGCGGAGCGGCAGCACCUCCAGAGCCUGCUCCACCAGGAGGUGCUGCGGAGGAUCGCGGCGCUGCAGCGGCGCUUCAGGGCCGUGCUGGAGAGGAAGCACUUCGUCAGGAUGAGACAAGCCUCCUCUAUGAUCCAGCGGUGGUGGCGGACCCACCUCCGGAGCCGGGCGGAGUCGGCCGUGGAGCCGGCGGCGGCGGAGGCGGCCGCGCUGCGUCUGCAGGCGGCGUGGAGGGGGUUCCGGGAGCGCCGGGCCUACCAGGAGUGUCGUGAGGCGGCCGCGGUCCUCCAGAGGAGCUGGAGGUCCUGCCUCGGCCGCCGGACUCUGGCGGCCGUCGUGAUCCAGGGCUCCUGGAAGGCGUGCAGAGAGAGGCGCCGCUACAGGAGGAUCCAGGACGUGGUGGCGGAGCUCCAGGCGGCGGGCAGGGGAUACCUGGCCCGACUCAGGUUCAAAGAGCUGAAGAGCGAGCGUGACGCUAAGCAGGAGAGCAGGGACGCCAGCGGCCCCGAAGAAGAGGAAGAGGCGGCGAUGAGCCUGGGUGCGGAGGACCCCGCCAUCCCCGGGACGGACACCUCCUCCUCUGAGGCUGCUGGGGGGCCCGCGCCGGGACCCCAGGACGUGGAGGAGGGGGCGGACAAAGAGCAGGCCAGGGAGCGGAGCUGCAGCAUGAGCGACACCAGCCUCAAGUGCCGGUCCAAGCGGGAGAGCCGCCGCAUGAGGGAGCUGGAGCAGGCCCAGUUCAGCCUGGAGCUGCUCAAGGGCCGCGCCACCGGUACCGGGGGCCCCCUGCCGGAGGAGCCCGCCCGUGGUAGCGGGCCCUCGGAGGAGCGCGAGAGGUGCCCCCAGUCCCCCCGUGGGUCGCCCGCCAGUCCCGAGAGCCGGGAGCCGCUCCCCGCGGAGGACAUGGAGACGGAAGGCUCCAGAAGCUCCGACGGCCCCCGGGAACACUCUCAUCUAGGAGGUUCCCGGUCAGAGACUGAGCCAUUGGGCACAGCACGCAGGGAUUCGAACUACAAUGAAAUGCCAGAGUUUGAAAAAGAACAGGCUCAGAGAGCAACGUUUUACAUCUCUGCUGACCAAAGCCCCGUCCACGAGCCCAAAUGCGAGAGCCCCAGCAAGGGUGUGAAAGAGAGGCGAGAGUCCAGCUCUCGAAGGCCCGUGGUGGUGGUCAUCAGCAUGCAGAAGGAAAGCCCGGUGGAUGAGACGGAGCUGCAGGCAGCCCAAGCCCUAGAAAGGACUUCUGAUGUCGGGGAAAGCGUUUCGGGUUCCCGCCCGACCACGAUAGCAGGUCUAGAGUUAGGCACGACUCCCAGGCCCACAGAGUCCCCCGCCAUGAAACACGUACCCCCUACGGAAAGUGGUUCCCCCAAGGCCGCCCCGUCAAGCCCCCAUGAAGACACUCCAGGGUCUCCAGCCAUUUGCUCCUCAGAGGUGGACAUCCAGUUAGUCCUGGAGCCAAGGCCCUCGAUGCUGCCGGUCCUGCCCAGCCAGAAGGACAGGAAAGGGGGCAGGCCAGCGCAGGCGUGCCCCAGUGUCCAUGUCCUGGAGACCAAACCACCGAAGGCCCAGAAGAAGAGUUCAGCCCAGACUGUGAUCGUCAAUAUGACAGAGAAGCCCGCGACGACAGUGUUUUCUCCACCCAGACGCAAGCUGCCCUUCUCCAAAUCUGAUAAAGACCUGGUCAACCAGGAGAGGUCUUUGUCCUUGCAUGAGGACCCCUCCAGCUCCAAAUCUUCUGCAGGUUCCAGAAGAGAGAUCAGUCGCCCCGGUCCCAAAAAGAAAGCGCGCAUGUCCCGGACUCGCUCCGACUUCCUCACUCGCUGUAACUCAGAAGGGGCCACCCAGUCGGACGACGAGGACGACGAGUACUACGUCCCCGCGGUGUCCCGCACCCUGCCCCCCUCCCUGUCCCCCCCCCACCCCCACCCCCACGCAGACUGCCUCAGUGACAGCGAGAUGUCGUCUCACAAAGACCAGAAGAAGAUCCACAAGACCAUGUCCUCCGGAGACCUGGGCAAGGUGGAGGUUCUCCGGAAGACCUCUAGCCAGGACGGAAGGAUGAGAGGCAAGAUGCGCUUCUGGAGUAAGACAAAACACGCGGACAAGAAGCUGUCCAAGGAGAGGAGUGAGAGUGUGGACACGCCAGCGGUCGACGGGCCCUCACCUCCCCGCAGCCCAGACGCGGGGGCCUCCCCGGGGGCUCCCAGGGACGCCAAGGAGAACAAGGAGCCCUCGCCCAAGUCCCGGCGGCGGCGGAGCGUGAAGAUCAGCAGCGCUGGGCUGGAGCCCGCCCACUGGCAGAACGACGCCCUCCUCAUCCUCAGCACCGCCCACGACUACCGCAGCAUGAACGACUUCCUGAUGAAGAAGAUCGGGGAGCUGGAGUCUGAGGACGGUAAGAAGGACACCAUGGUGGACGUGGUCUUCAAGAAGGCCCUGAAGGAGUUCAGGAUCAACAUCUUCAACUCCUACUCAACGGCUCUGGCUAUGGAGGACGGCCGCAGCAUCCGCUACAAGGACCUGCACGCGCUGUUUGAGCAGAUCCUGGAGAAGAGCAUGAGGCAGGAGCAGAGGGACUGGAGCGAGUCGCCCGUCAAGGUGUGGGUCAACACCUUCAAGGUCUUCCUGGACGAGUUCAUGACGGAGUACAAGCCCAUGGAGGGCACCAUCGGCAGGGCUUCUAAACCAGAGCGGAAGAAGAGGAGGAAAAAGGAGAGCGACAUUGUGGAGGAGCACAAUGGCCACAUCUUCAAGGCCACCCAGUACAGCAUCCCCACCUACUGUGAAUACUGCUCCUCCCUCAUCUGGAUGAUGGACAGAGCCUGUGUCUGCAAACUCUGCCGCUACGCCUGCCACAGGAAGUGCUGCACCAAGAUGACCACCAAGUGCAGCAAGAAGUACGACCCGGAGCUGUCGUCACGGCAGUUUGGGGUGGAGCUGUCACGCCUCAGCAGGGAGGAGCACACGGUGCCCCACCUGGUGGAGAAGCUCAUCAACUACAUCGAGAUGCACGGCCUCUACACCGAAGGCAUCUACAGGAAGUCUGGCUCCACCAAUAAGGUCAAAGAGCUCCGCCAGGGGCUGGAUACAGAUGUGAGCAGCAUGAACCUGGACGACUACAACAUCCACGUCAUCGCCAGCGUGCUCAAGCAGUGGCUCCGCGACCUGCCCAGCCCUCUCAUGACCUUUGAACUCUACGAGGAGUUCCUCAGGGCUAUGGGUCAGCCAGAGAGGAGGGAUGUGAUCCACGGCGUGUACUCCAUCAUCGACCAGCUCAGCAGGACUCACCUGAGCACCCUGGAGCGCCUCAUCUUCCACCUGGUCAGGAUCGCUCUGCAGGAGGACACUAACAGGAUGUCGGCCAACGCCCUGGCCAUCGUGUUUGCCCCGUGCGUCCUUCGCUGCCCGGACACUAUUGACCCUCUGCAGAGUGUCCAGGACAUCAGCAAGACCACAGCGUGUGUGGAGCUGAUCAUCAACGAGCAGAUGCGCAAGUACACGGCUCGCCUCAAGGACAUCAGCAGUCUGGAGUUCGCUGAGAGCAAGGCCAAGAGCAGGCUCAUGCACAUAAAGAGCUCCCUGAGCAAAGAGCGCAUUCGGCGUAGCAGCGGCAGCAGCCUCAUCCCCUCGCCGCCCCUUAGCCCCAAGGGGGCGCCCCCGGAGGCGGAGGAAGGGACUGCAGGAGAAGCGGGAGGAGGAGAAGAAGAAGGAGGGGGAGAGGAGGUGGAAGAGGGGCCGGGGCUUAGCGAGCAGCAGCAAACGGCCUUGCAGCACGAGGAGAGGAUACUGACGGCGCAGAUCGAGAGCCUGCAGAAGGAGAAGGAGGAGCUGACCUUCGAGAUGCUGGCGUUGGAGCCCCGGACGUCUGACGAUGAAACCCCAGAGUCUGAGGCCUCCAUCGGCACGGCGGAGAGCUCGGAGAACAUCGCCAUGGAGACGGAAGGGGCGACCUCCGGCCCUCAUGGGCGAGAGACCCCCCUCUGCAGGAAGGCCGAGGCCAAAAGCCGACGCACUCAGCGGCGACAGCCAGACUCCUCCCCCUCCUCUUCCUCCUCCUCCUCCUCGCCGGCCACCACUGCCGCCGCCGCCGCCUCUGCGCUCUCCUCCUCCUACCACCUGCCGCCCUCUCUCUCCUCCGCCUCCUCUUCCUCCUCCUCCCAGCCCUUCCCCCACCGCUUCCGCUCCUCUUCCUCGGGCCCCCUCCUGACCUCGUGCCCCCUGGGCGCCCCGGAGCCAGACCUGGGCGCGGUGGGCGCGGCCGUGGGCCAGAGGGGCAGCAAGAUCCGCCACCGGCUCCGGCUGAGCCGCAGCUCGCCGCGCGACCCCACCGAGGCGCAGCGCAGGGAGACGGGGGACUUUGGCUCGGCGCCGCAUCAGCUGGUUCUGUACGGCAGCAACGAGUUCAUGGUGUGAGCGCCUCCGGUCUGAGAGGGGAAGGGGAGGGAGAGAGGAGGAGGAGGAGGAGGGGAGGAAGAGCGCUUUGCUGAUGACCGUAUGCUGUGGGGGAGGGGGGCCGGUGUUGACACACUCCCCCCCCCCCCCCCUCUCCUCUCCGGGGGUUUGGAUACACACCGAAGGUAAAGGAUUAAAGGACCACGGCGGAACCAGUCAGAACUGGCCACAUGCCAAUACUGUUCAUUAAGAAAGAACUCAAAAAAUAAUCCUUUUUUUUUUUUUUUUUUAUGUUACCAACGCACCGGGUGGGGGGGGGUGAUCCGGGCCUGCCGCACAAGUAUUCCCGCCGAAUUAGGCCACGCCCAUCGCCCCCUGUCACAUCGAGAUGCUUAUGUGCUUAUGUGACGCCAUUCAUUCGGCCACGUCACACGUUAAUAUUAUUAUCAUUGUUGUUUGUUGUUAUGUUACAAAGGAAGCGGAGAUGUACAUAGACUGAAACUCCUGGUGUGAAAAGGUUGUCCGAAAUCAAUAUUACCCCUGUUGCUCUCCAUCUUUCUUGCUCUCUCUCUCUCCCUCUCCCUCUCCCUCUCCCUCUCCCUCUCCCUCUCCCUCUCCCUCUCCCUCUCUCUCUCUCUCUCUCUCUCUCUCUCUCUCUCUCUCUCUCUCUCUCUCACUUUCCGUUUUUCUCUCUCUGCCUCUCUCUCGCCCUCUCGGAAGGAAGUCCACUUUUCUUUGUUAUUGUUUUUUGUGUGUUUUUCUUCCCGCUGUGUUCCCCCCCCCCCUCGUACCUGAAUUACAGUUCACGGGGCCAAAUGGGAGGUGGCUUCCACUGAUGACCAGUGAUCUCUGAGAGAUGAGGUCGCCUCAUCCCCCAUCCGCCAUUGUGGGAGGCCUGAUGUGAAGAGUCGACCGAUCAGCCAUACACGGUGUCGUUCAGUACAGCGGGGAGCUGUCCCUGAGGCCGCCAUGACGCUCGUAUUGAUUUAGACAUAUCAGUGUUAAUGUGUUUGUGACUUGAAAGUGGUCUCAUUUUGUUAUGGCUGUUCUUUUUAUUUUUUUAUUUGGUAUUUGUUUACUUUUGGUGUCAUUUUGGUGAUCAAUCAUUGUUGAAGAUGCCAUGUUUUCAUUGUUGACUGUGUGUGUGUGUGUGUGUGUGUGUGUGUGUGUGUGUGUGUGUGUGUGUGUGUGUGUGUGUGUGUGUGUGUGUGUGUGUGUGUGUGAGAGAGAGAGUUCUGCAUGGGAACACACACGCAUACACCUGCGUUACACCAGGUGUGUUCUGAGCCAUAUUAUUCUGUUUGUGUUGCCAUUUUGUUCCAUAACUGUCCAAUGCAUUCACUUCCUUUCUGGUGAUUGCUGGGAAAAGUAGCAUAAACUUUGUGUCUCUCUGGUCACAUCACAUAGUAGUAACCAGCCUGGACUCCUAAUGGAAAGCUAUCUAGCUAACAUGCUAUCAACUCCUUUUGGACUAGUUACACUCUUUCAUUCUCUCUCUCGCCCUCCCUUUACAGUAUUUAAAGGGAUUAAUAUCCAGUCUAUGUCAGCUAUAUGCAAAGCUUUUGACUAUAAAUACGUACAGAUGCUACAACCCCCUUCUAUAGCUACAGUAUAUCUUGCUUGCAGUGAUGAGACGCUAUGGCGCCAGUCGACCACUAGUCGGCCACAGAGCGUCUUUCCACUACUUUGGAAAGUGCGCUAUUCUCGGUUUUAGCAUGUCGUCUAAGAUCGCUUUUAAACACAUAAGGACAAGGACAGAGACAUAGUGAUGUAUGAUCUAACGGGAGCAGUCACUACCAACACAUAAAACGUGUUUGUUUGUUGAAAACAAAAUGUUUUUUUCUUUUCAAGGGGUUGUUGUGAAUAAUGGUGUUUCGAACCUAAGAAGAUAUUUGGGAAGAUAUUUCUUUCUCUGUGAAUUACAAGCUAUUAUUUAAGAACACGUGGUUUGUGCUUGUUUACGCUGUCCACAUGGCAUUCUGCAACAACAAAAAAUGAAAAAAAUGAAUGUACCGAUUACUAGGAGGCAUGCUCUGCUUUCUUUUGGUUAUUUGUUUGUCUUUUAUAUACCAUAUAUAGUACUAUUUAUGAUCAUGUUUCGGGGUGUACAUUGGUCAAAAAAGAAAGCUUGUUAUAAAUGGAUAUAUUAUCCUAUGUACGAUUCAUUAUCUACUAUUAAUCAUUGGCACGGUUUGGACAGGUCAUUAUCUUCUGUCGUAUUUGUGCCGGAAGUUACCGACCUUAAUUUGAGCGGUGAAACUCGUUUUCGGCGUCCAUCUUGGACGGACACGGCCUUGUAUGAGGUGCAGUUUGUGUAAAAUGUAUUUUAUUUUUUAUUUGAAUAUUGAUGAUUGUCCAAAAAAAAAAAAUUCAUGAGGGUAAAGCUUCUGCUUAUUAAAAAAAGGCAAACUGGA